UCUUGCGCGAGCACGCAUGGCCGCGUAGUCAGAGCAUUAAGCUCGCAAAGAUAACAUUUUCAUAACAUACGCCCCUUAGGGGUAUAGUUUAUAAAUAAACCCCAAAUGUGGUAAUACUGCGUUAACCACCAUGACGUAUUCCGGAAGUAAUGUUGCCGACAUCGGCCUCGCCAUGCAGAAAUUCGGUGUGUACGACUACAUGGUGUUCCUCGCAAUGUUAUCCCUUUGCAUUGUGAUUGGACUGUAUUUUGCUUACAAAGGCAAAAAACACACCGCACAGGACUACCUGGUGGGAGGGCGAGCGAUGAAUACGUUGCCGGUGGCAAUGUCCUUGAUUGCGAGCUGGGUAAGCGGAAUUUCUUUGUUGGGCAUUCCGACGGAGAACUAUGUGUAUGGCAUGCAGUAUGUAUAUAUCUGCGUUGGGGUAAUUCUGUGUGCCAUUAUUGCCCAGACUGUGUAUCUACCUGUGUUUCACAACUUACAAAUUACGUCAACGUAUGAGUAUUUGGAGCGUCGAUUUGAUAAAAAAGUGAGAAUCUUUGGAAGUGUUCUAUUUACCAUUGGCUUGAUUGUAUGGCUUCCCGUGGUGAUUUAUGUUCCUGCUUUGGCUUUCAAUCAAGUAACUGGCGUCAAUGUGCACUUGAUCACACCUGUCGUAUGCAUCAUUUGUAUAUUUUACACUUCAAUCGGAGGGAUUAAAGCAGUGGUAUGGACAGACGUCAUUCAAACAAUCAUAAUGAUCGGUGCGAUGCUUUUGGUCGCGAUCAAAGGCACCAUGGACAUCGGAGGAUUUGGUCUUGUCCUUGACCGAAACCUACAGAGCAAUCGGAUUGAAUUACCAAAUUUAGAUAUAAAUCCUCUGUCAAGACACACGUUAUGGACUCUUGCUAUGGGUGGUUCCUUCCACAUUCUCCAAUCAAGCAUCGUUAAUCAAAACAUGAUUCAACGCUACUUGUCACUACCAACUUUAAAAGACGUUAAUACAGCCCUGUGGAUAUUUGUCGUCGGACUAUGUUUCAUCGUAUGUCUGGGAUGCUACAGCGGUCUGCUUAUCUACGCGACGUUUUACAAUUGCGAUCCACUCACCACGAUGCUUGCGCGAGAAAAGGACCAGCUGCUGCCACUGUUGGUGAUGGAGGUCCUUGGCAAUUAUCCCGGACUGCCUGGAUUAUUCAUUGCUGGGAUUUUCAGCGCGGCUUUGAGCUCAUUAUCCACAGGACUUAAUUCAAUGGCAGCUGUGGUAUUAGAAGACUUCUAUAAAACAUGCUUCAAGAAGAAAUUGACCGAUGAACAGACUUACAUUUUGAUGAAAUCCAGUGUUGUUGUUUUGGGCGUCAUUUGUGUGGUAUUAGUAUUUUUGGUUGAGAAAAUGGGCGCCGUACUACAGUUGACAGCUAGUAUAGGAGCCAUUUCAGCCGGGCCAUGUUUAAGUCUUUUCACAAUGGGAAUAUUAUUGCCAUGGAUUGGUGCGAAAGCGGCAUUAAUUGGUAGUGUGAGUGGUCUUGGUCUGAUGAGUUGGCUCUGUCUGAGCGCUCAAGCAGCGAUCGCGUCCGGGGAUAUUUAUUUCCCCGAAAAAUCAGUGUCGACGGAAGGAUGUCAUUAUCAUUUCACUCCGAAAUUGUCCAGAAGCAUGCACUUUAACAAUACAAUGAAUGCAAACGUAUUACACACCGACGAAACAUUUAUGCUGUAUAGAUUAUCGUAUUUAUGGUAUACGUUUGUUGGAGCUGUUGUGUCCAUUGUUAUCGCGAUAUUGAUGACUUUGUUAGUGACGAAAAUUCAGGAUCCUGCUGAUGUGGAUCCGCAACUUCUGGCGCCGUUUAUACGACGUUUCGUUUCGAAUAGAAAGUAUCCUAAUCAGCCAAGGGAUGGAAUUAUUUAUGCAUAUGAGACUACAACUGCGACUAUUAAUCGACGAAAUGCGAAGGAAGCAGAUCAAGACGCCGGAGCGUAAUGAAUGUGAUUAUUAUUUUAUUUAUCUCGUUAUUUAUUUAGUGAAAUGAAAGAAAACGCUCGAAAUUAAAAUUAAUCUAUGUAGAAAA